GACAUUGACAAAUUGGUAUAGAGAAUAACAAAGUUUAGAUUUCUUUUUGUACUAUUUUAAAUUCUUUCAUAAGAAAAAAAUCUUUGAAACAAGUAUAUCUAACAGGAGAAAACAAUGGCUAAAAAUACUUCUAGUUCGGCGUUUCGUAAAAUAGACAUCGACCAGUACAAUGAAGAUAAUUUCAAAGAAGAUGAAGCUGAAUCAUCCGGUCCUACGGGCCCUGACGAAGGAGAAAUUUGUGCAUUGCUUAAUCAAGGAAGAUAUAUAGAAGCACUUAAGCUGGUGCUGGGUAAUGCACCAGUUGGUUCAACAAACCAGCAAGUCAAAGAUAAUGCACUUGCUAUUACUUUAAAAGUAUUACUUGCAAUCAAAUCAGCACAAAUAGAAGAAGUAGUUGGAAAUCUCUCUCGAGAUGAUAUAGACAUCUUGAUGAAAUACAUCUACAGAGGUUUUGAAUACCCUUCUGAAGGUUCCAGUGGGCAUCUGCUACUGUGGCAUGAGAAGGCAUUUAAUGUUGGUGGAUCUGGCUCUAUUGUCAGGGUUCUUUCUGACAGAAUGAGAGUUUAAACUUUACACCAAAUAUUUAAAAAUGUAUAAACAUCAUUGAAUAAUAUAUUAACUGUAACAUUA